GUGUCCGCCAUUACAGCAAAUAUUUCAGAAUAGGAAGUUGGAACGUUGCAAAAAUACCCGAUAUUUUGUCAUGGUUUUGUUCUCGUCUUAUGAUAUACACUAAAUCAGAGGGCAACAUGUUUUUAUUAUUUCGAUGUGACAGAUGCCUGCUCUGAAGAAUGGCAACUGUUGAACCUAACAUCAACGUGACGUUAUUCCAAGAACUGAAAAAGAAGUAUCCCGAAAUUCCCGAUUAUGUUGUCACAAGUAAAAUGCAGCAGCAUAAAAAUGACAGAGCCAAAUGCAUAGAAGUCCUGGAUGGUGAAAAUGACAAUUAUCUAUUUGGACCAACUCCUCCAACUCACACAUCUUAUCAAGAGAUUCAGUUAACUCCAGCUUCUGAAGGCCGCAAGAGAAGCGAUUCGGGAUCUAGUGGUGUUAGCAGCACAAGCACAUGCAGCAUGUCUAGUUCUUCAUCAGUUCCCUAUACUAACCCCAAUGGAGGCAAAAGUUACCAGGGUUACUCCAGUGAAGCUUCAAGGCCUCAGUCUUUCCAGACAGGGAACUUUGAUCAGUAUGUACAUGUACAACCAUAUAGGAGUAUUCCCCAUAUUCCAUGUGAAGAUGGUGGGCGUGUGCCUAUGGGAUAUAAUUACCCUCAAGUGCAAAAUCCACCAACUUCAAGUCCAUCUCCUCUGAGGCAGAUUCAGAUACACCACCAAGGUCCAUCUGUAAUUUCGCGGCCUACGCCAACUCAGAUUGAAAUUCAGAUAAGUCCUCGAGUUGGACAGCAAGACCAGUAUAGACAUAAUGUGAUUGGUUAUCAAAGACAGCAAAACUCUUAUGGUAACCACACGAUGGGUAGAACGAAUACAGGAAAUAUUAAUAAUUAUAGUGCAACUGGAUUCAACAGUUUAGAUCGCCAAAACCUAAAAACUCGUCGACCAGUGCCCCCUGUGCCAACUUCCCAUAAUGACUCUCAUGGUGCAGCACUUCAGUUUGCACCCCCUUCAAAGCAGAUCAUUAACUCGCCAACAAACCCCCAACAGGAAAAACACUCAUCGCAAAAGACAAUUUUCUUGCAGCCUGCGCCAUCUACGCCAGAUCGAACACAACAUACAAUGGGAGACUACGGUAUGCAUCAAUCUCAGAGUGACUCGAAUUUGCCCCCUACUUAUCCUCCCAUAUCCCAACCGGAUUCAGUCUCAGGGGGUCAUAGUAAUCCCACUAUCCCCCAUCGAUCUCCCUUAUCAGUUAAUGUGUUUGAUACAGAAGUGAAUAACCCUGGCUCACCACAUUACAAUCGUUAUUUGCCAUCAGACAGUGUGCCUCACAUAAAUGGCCAACAAUAUCUUAAUAUCAAAUAUGGAGAUCCUGUCUUAAAUAUAGGUGGUGCAGUCAAUCCCCCUUCUUAUCAAGUGUAUCAAGUGAGUGGUGGUGCUAGUGAUUCAGAUCAAAUGUUCGGACAUCCAUAUGUCAUGAAUCCCGGAAACCGGUGUGUGAUUCCAGGGCAUCCCCAUGUGUAUGUAAGGACUCCAAGCUCGGAUAGUGAUCGUAGGUCAAAUCCUACACCCCCUAUAGAGGAAAGACACUUAGCAAAUCCUCAUGUGAUGUUUCCUCCUGUAAGUAUAGGAGCUGUCACAGAGCCCACUCGAGUGGACAGGUCGGUACCUCAAUCAGCAGGGGGACAGGAGGAGGCUGAUUAUACUAGAGCACUUUUGAAAUUUCAAAGAGAAAAGAUGGAAAAUCUAAAGCAAGACUUGGAAUCCGAACUUCGCAAACUGAUAAAAACAAGGUCAGAGGUCAAACAGAUGGAGAAAAACAUGUUGGAGAGGAAGAAGAAUAAGAGUUACUAUAAUCAGCAACCUCUUGAAGAUGUGACUCGAUUGAGGGAGAUAAAUCGGCGUCUACAGGCGGACAUUCAAGUGAUGACCAGGGAGAUUGACAUGUAUAACAAUGGACAAACUCCACUUGGUGUUUUAGACCCGUUAGAACAACAGAACUUUUAUAACAAUAUGAAUACUGGUCCCCAGGGAUCCAUUUAUUCCAGACCUCCCCCUCAGACCCCUUCACGAGAAACACCACCUCCUAUUCCUCCUCGGACGCCGAUCACCACGCCAACCACUGCCUUGAUACCGCCAGCGCCACCACCCCAGCCCCAGCAGGACUCGGAUGGUGACGGUGAACCCUGGAAUUGCUCAGCCUGUACUUUUCUUAACCAUCCAGCUCUGAAUAAGUGUGAAUGUUGUGAAAUGCCCAGAAUGAACACCUCUCCUCCUACUACAGGUACUGUUCGCCAUGUUUGUACAUCUGAAUUAUGCUAUUGUCACAAUAGAUGAGGGUGUAACCUGUGACCUUUGACCUUUUGAUUAUUCAAUCAUCUCACCAAGGGAGAUGAUCGAGGAAUUUCAUUAUUAAACUAUCAACUUGAAUAUGCAAGUAGCCGAGUAAUUUUGUUCCAAAUGUUUUUUUUUUUCUGUUAGUGUUCUCCUUUUUGGGGAAGUAUUUUUAUGAUACUAGUAUUUUAUUUCAAGUUUUAUAACCAUAUUAUUAUGGAAUUAAAAUUCCUGCUAUUUUGUCUCGGUAAGGUGAUUCAUUAAUGAAAAUUAUUCCUUGUAAGGUUUUCAAUGAAAAAAAAAUUUGCAAUUGUUAGGGCCUUCAAAAGGAAACAUUGCAUUAUAUUUAUAUACUUAUAUGACAAAAAGGUUCUUUGUUUAGUAUGUUUGACAGAUGUUAAUGUAAUUUAUUUGAAAUAAAGAUUUAUUUCCCAUAAUCAUAGGUAAUACUUGAAUGCACCGUUCACUAGGACUUUUUUUAAAAAAAAAGUUUGUAAGUGAAUGUUGCAGUAUAUUUAAGAAGACGAUAAAAAUUUUGAGAAUGUUUUUCUACACUGUGAUAUGAUAGCUACCUAUGGAUAAUAGUUUUCCUGAAAUCUGGCGUACCUUGUUAUACAAUUCAAUGCAGAUAAUCCUGUACAGUUUUUCUGAAUUUGUGUACAUAAAUUUCAUAGUUUGAAUAAAAUCUAAUCAAACUGGACAA